AUGUUGGAAGCCGGCCGAGAGGACUUCGAGGAAGGAGCACUCGACCGUAUAAAUCCAGAGCUAACGUUAGACGAGCAGGCAGAGCUUCUUCCGUACGACAGGAGGUGGGAAUUUCCCAGGGAAAGAUUGAAGUUAGGAAAGCAAUUGGGAAGUGGAGCCUUUGGGGUUGUGAUAAAGGCAGAAGCGCUUGGAAUCAGUAACAAUGAAACCGUUACUACUGUCGCCGUUAAAAUGCCCCGCAAAACUUCAAAAGUAACUUACAUCCAUGCCUUGAAAAGGGAACUGAAAAUAAUGGGACAUUUGGGAAAGCACUUGAAUGUGGUUAAUCUUCUCGGUGCUUGCACGAAAAAUAUCGCUGAACAUGAACUGUUAGUAAUUGUCGAAUACUGUCGAUUUGGAAAUUUGCAGAGCUAUUUGCUACGUCACCGGCAAAACUUUUUAAACCAAGUAGAUCUGUUCACUGGUGAAAUCAACCCACGAAUCGGCAAGAUACCCAAAAAGCUAAACUAUGCCCCACUGGAAUUCCCAAACUCGGUCCCAAGCUACGACUCCACCAUCGACUCCGCCAACACUCGAGACUCCAGCUCGUCAGUCGAGUCCUAUCGCACCCUCGGCUCCGACAACUCUCAGCCAGGUUGGCGCUCCAACUACGAGGGCGACUACCAGGCGUUUAGUUUCACAACAAUAUCCACUCAGGACCUCAUCAUUUGGGCGUUCCAAGUAGCUCGAGGCAUGAACUACCUCUCCCGGAGAAACGUGCUGCACGCCGACCUGGCCGCAAGGAAUAUAUUACUGGCGGAGAACAACGUCAUAAAAAUCUGUGACUUUGGUUUGGCCAAGUCGGUGUACAAGGAUGGCAUCUACAAGAUGAAGACGAGGACGGAUGUGCCCUUCAAGUGGAUGGCCGUCGAGUCCAUCAGGGAUGAAGUUUUCUCGACAAAGUCGGACGUGUGGUCGUUCGGCGUGGUCCUGUGGGAGUUCUUUUCCCUGGCGGAGACGCCAUACUCGGGCAUGGGCUUCGAAAAACUUUACCCAAAAAUCUUGCAGGGCUACAGGAUGAAGAAGCCUAUUUACGCUACCAAGUCCAUUUACGACAUGAUGCUUCGCUGUUGGGAGGAGGAGCCAACCAGGAGACCGACGUUCCAAGAAUUGGUCGACCGAAUCGGCGAGUUCGUCGAUAAUGGCAUAAAAGUGCACUACACGGAAUUGGAUGUUGUCUACGAAGCCAUGAACAGAGACGUUUUAGACGGGCAGUACGAUUACUUGGCCAUGAUGUCGUCACCCGACUACGUGGCGACACCUCAUCCACCACCUCAGCAGGACACCACGGACGACUCGUGUCAUGAUAACGCGGCUUACGUGACCGACACCGAUGACAGCUCUUUGUCCACGGUUGACCAAAGGGCCGAAAAAAAUUAA